AGGAGUAAGCAAGAUUGUCACUGUGGAUGUGAAGGGGAAUUCCCCUCUUUGGAUGAAGAUUAAAGAUCUGGCAGAUGGUGUGACUUACAACUUCCGCAUCCGGGCAAAGACCUUUACAUAUGGGCCAGAAGUGGAGGCAAACAUUACUACGGGGCCUGGUGAAGGUGCUCCAGGUCCACCCGGGGAACCUUUUAUUUCUCGAUAUGGCUCUGCUCUUACAAUACACUGGGCAAAUGGAGACCCAGGUCGUGCUCCCAUUACCAGAUAUGUCAUUGAGGCCAGACCAUCAG